UGAAUUGGAAUGUGAUGUGCACCAAAAAAAAACUAAGGUUGUCAAAAUCAAUUGAAAUCGAAAACAAAAAUUUCUUUUGAUUAAUUUCUCAAGAUUUUCCCAAAUAUUUUGUUUGUUUAAAAUGAAUUGAAUCACUCAAUCCUAACAACUUCGUAACAAAGCAAGUGUCUUUUUCAAAAGUCACACUUCAAUAAGAAUAUCGAUAUUUUUAAAUAAAAUAAAACAAAUAACAGGCAGCUCGCUUUCCAGAGAAUCUCACAUUCCGUUACGCUGGCUUCGAACAAAUCAAUCAACAUGCGUCGAUCGAACUACUCCUACCAACCGAUUCCCCAAAAUCCCGGUCCCAGUCGCCUCAACCAAGACGCCCUCGAAGAAGAGAACGAAAGAGCCGCCGAAGAAUUGAAACAAAAAAUCGGCGCCCUCAAAUCGCUGACCAUCGACAUUGGGAAUGAGGUACGCUACCAGGACAAACUGGUGCGUGGCAUUGACGACGACAUGGACAGAACCGGCGGCUUCCUGGGCACAACGAUGACACGAGUCAUCCGCCUGGGGAAACACGGCGGAACCAAACAUAUGUGCUACAUGUUCCUCUUUGUUCUGUUCGUGUUCUUCUUGCUGUACGUUGUGAUAAAACUAAAGUGAGUCUGGAGUGGGGACGGCAAGUGGAUGAACCAACUUAUUUACAAGAAUUUAUGUUUAAAAAGAAAUAAAAUAAAAGCUUUAUGUUUCAUGGAAAAAAGAGAAAA